GAGACUGAUGAGGUAAGCCCUUUGUUCCAACUGUACUGAAUUUCCAGUGAACUAGUGGGUGAAUUUUCCAAUGUAGUCACUUGAUUCACAGCAUUUGCUUUCAUAUCUUUAUAUCAGAUUGCUUUUAAAAUCUUUGUAGCUUUAAUCACCUUUCAGGGUUCAGAUUUAUCUCCAUUGGGAGAUUGUGGCCUUUACCCUUUGCCAGGUUUCCAGAUAAACUGCUCUUUUGCAGAGGCUGAACCCACUUUAUCCUUCCACUCUUGGGUGGUGGAGAACCUAGGUCACUUGGGUAAUGCCGGACGGUCCCCCACCUUUGCCUUGGGCUGGCUCAGACGCUCACUUGCCGGGUGUCUGCCUCCUCUCUUGACUGGAAGGGUCUGGCUUUUGAGGGCCCGGAAGGUAUUUAUUUACUAAUGUGCUUUUGCGUAAUGAAGAAUGUAUUCCAGACAGCACCUUGGAACUGAGCGCUGAGAAUUCGGCCCAUUUGUGGUGGACGUUCUGCAACUCCUGAUUUUUGGCUUAAUAGGCAGUUUACAGGAUAGCCAGACUUAGUUUUCAAAAAGACAGAACCCCAGAGACCCUACCUUUAAAUCAUAGUAAGAACGAAAAACAUAAUUGACCUAACUGCAUUAUGUGACAGCAAAUGGUUUAAAGUGCAGAACAUGUAGCCUCCCGCCUCCCCCCAUAGAGUUUUUGCAUUUCUUUGAAAGCUAGAGAACACUGUCAGUAAUUGCUAAACUAAUGGCUAACCCUUGAGCAGGUAUUAUUCCAGCGUGGAGAGGGGGCCCAUUAUUGCGCGUGUUCUGUGCGCCACAGCGAGCUGGUUGCCAACGCACUGGGUCUGGGCUCCGCGGGGCGGGGCCGCCGGGAGGCGGAGCGAGCUGGGGCGGGGCCUCCGGGCCGUCGCCAGUGCGCAUGGGCCGACAUCCUCCGCUCCGAUAGACCCCCUUCAGUUUCCGCUGUUGUAGGAAAAACGUUGUGAAGGCCGUUAGCAGAGUGUUCCCUGAGAGCGCCGGUCGCGGAAAUGUCUGAUGAGAAAGGUUCCCUCGGGGGAGGUGUAGAGAAAGGAGAGGAGCCAGUGGGGACCAUCGCCGCUAGUGCGUACUCUGUGAAGCAGGCGGAUGAUGGGGAGGAGGCGGAUGAUGGGGAGGAGGCGAUGAAGGUGGGAGUGGCGCUGGGGGCUGGUGGCUGCUCUGACGACCUCAGCUAUGGGGAGGCCAGCAUAGACCCCAGCCUCCUAGGGCUCGCGGGGGACGAGGAGAAAUGCCGGAAAAUCCGCAAGAAGUACCGGCAGCUCAUCUAUAACGUCCAGCAGAACCGUGAUGACCUAGUGAACACCGUGAGCGACUCGUUAACCUUGGCGCUGGAAGAAGCCGAUGUCCUGUUUGAUGGAGUGAGCCGAACAAGAGAAGCCGCUCUCGAUGCCCAGUUUCUUGUUCUGGCUUCUGAUUUGGGUAAAGAAAAAGCAAAGCAACUAAAUUGCGAUAUGAGCUUUUUUAACCAAGUAGCGUUUUGUGACUUUCUGUUUAUAUUUGUGGGUCUAAACUGGAUGGAAGAGGAACAUGAGGAAUUGAGUGGCUUUGAUGAUAAUAUAGUUCUUUCCUUCUGGGACACAGUACAGAAGGAGGCGUCGUCCUGGAUUUUGCAAGCUGAGACAUUCCACUUUAUUUUUGGUUCAUUCAAGUCCAAACCUGCACCAAGGCCCCGACUUGAACACCUCAAAAAAGCUCUCAAAAUGGAAGAAAAUGGGGAUAUGCCUACAAAGCUGAGGAAGUUGGACCUGAGUAAUAAUCAAGAAACAACAGAAAAAGAAGUAGAAAGAAUCUUGGGAUUGUUGCAAACUUACUUUCAGAAGUAUCCUGAUACUCCUGUGUCCUAUUUUGAGUUUGUGAUUGAUCCAAACUCUUUUUCUCGUACUGUGGAGAAUAUAUUUUAUGUUUCUUUCAUUAUAAGGGAUGGUUUUGCGAGACUAAGGCUUGACCAAGACAGGCUGCCAAUAUUAGAGCCAAUUAAUAUUAACCAAGUGGGUGAGGGAAAUGAUCCCUGUUCUCAUGGCAGGAAACAAGGAGUUAUAUCUUUGAGUUUACAGGACUGGAAAAAUAUUGUGGCAACUUUUGAAAUUUCAGAGGCUAUGAUCACAAACUCCUACUAGGGAUUUUUGUCCUUCAUGUAGGACGCAUUUUGUGGCUUUUCUAAAGUAUCUCAAAAUGGAGAGUAAAAUCAAGCAGAAGCACAUAACUAUUUCAUGUAAAGUGAGAAAGUAUUUUCAAAAAUGCCAGAAAUUGUUUUACUGUGCAGUGUUUUUUUUUUUUUUUUUUUUUUUUUGGUAGUUUAUAAGGUUGUCAUGAUCUUCUGUUAUUAAAAAAUUAUUCACUGGCAUGUUUGUGAGAAGAUUUUUUUUAAAUGCCCUUUAAGACUUUAUCAGUAAAAAUUAGUUCUGGAAUUCAUAAGAGGCAUUUGAUAGUUUACCAAAAAAUCAAUUUUAUGAUGCUAUUUGAUACUGCAUUGCUUCCUCUGUUAGAGGGAACUUGAUGGGGCACCUGACAAGGUUGGGGGAAGAGUGGGGGGAAAAAGUAGGCAAAAAGACUAUCCGUAGGGCAGUGAAUAAACAGUGAUAAUUUACUGUAAAAAAAUCUCGAUGUUAUGCUUCAUUUCAAGGAGGACUCAGUUAAGAUUAAUGUGUGACAUCCAUAAGCUAAAUAAUUUCUCCUGUGAUUUGUCUUAUCUACUGUAGAGACAUUCUACUUUUGUUAGGUGAGGCGUCAAUUAAGUGCAUGCUGAAAGGUGAGUAGGGAUUGGUCAAAGAUAGAAGAAAGGUAUUCUAGGCAGGGGAAUACGGAGGUCAAAUACAUGGAAUUGUGAGAAAUUAUGGCACCAGAGAUUCAUGAGUUGUUUCUUUUUGAUUUUAAACUAUUCCAUUUGAAGGGCACCGGGGUGGCUAAGUGGGUUGAGCCUCUGCCUUUGGCUCAGGUCAUGAUCCCAGAGUCCUGGAAUUGAGCCCCACUGCUCAGUGGGGAGCCUGCUUCCCCCUCUCUCUUUGCCUCCUGCUCUGCCUACUUGUGAUCUCUCUUUCUGUCAAAUAAAUAAUAAAAUCUUAAAAAAAAAUAAACUUCCAUUUGAAUGCUAAACUGGGUGACAGUUGGGUUACUUUAUAUAUUAGUUUCCUCAGAAGUUGAAGAUAUUUUUGUCAGAUUAUUUCAAACACAAAACCAGUUAUAGUAUUUACAUGGGUAAUUUCUUCCCUAGCCUCUGGUUUCCAGACACUUUGUAAUCUCUGCUGGUGACCUUCAGAAUCAGUGGUGUUUCAUUGUGUAACACCCUUGAAUAUUCCCAGUUCAAUUUGUGUUUCUUGUUAGGGCUUUAAAUGUCUGGAAAUGAUCUCUCUCUAUACUGAAAUAUAUAAUUAACUUAACCUAAAUGUUCUUUACUUAACCAUAUAAGCUCUUUUUUUUUUUUUUUCCUUUUGUUGAUUGCAGUUGUUUUAAGGUUAUGCCAAAAUUUUGGGUCUUUAAGAAAACAAGUUCAAAGGUAUGGAGCAUUCCUAAAUAAGCUUUUCUUCUUUUUUUCUUUUUUCAAUAGGCUCCAUGUCCUAUGUGGGGCUCGUACUCAGGACUCAGAGAUCUAGAGUCGCAUACUGACUAUGCAGCCAGUCAGGUGCCUGAAGGCUACUUUUCUUGAUCCCUAUAGGAACUUAAUCUUUGAUAGUAGUGGAUUUUGCCUUUGGGCAUGAUUUGGGAAAUGGAUAAGUAUCUGUUUUGCAUAGAAGUAACAAACUUUUCUACUAAGUCAGCGUGAUAGAGCGAAGGGAAGUCCAAAGACUAAAUAAACGACGUCAAGAUUGACAGGAGCAAUCUUAAUGUAUGUGUGCGCAAGUUUCUUAGUAAUUAGUUGAUAUUUAGAUAAUUAGAGAUAUUUCUCAUAAAGUUGUUCAGUUUUCUGAAGGAGCCACUCCUUCCCUUUUUUCAUGUGAAGGAAUGCUAACCCUCCUGGUGUCUACCACCCUUUGAUUUAUUUAGCAGUCAAGCGAGUAUCAUUUGGUCUUGCUGAUCCUCACUUGAGCCUGUCUUUCCCAACCAAGUUCCCUGGGUUUUCCAGAGCUUUGCUAUUAGAGGAAAAUUAUCUGUUAGUAGCAACAGUAUCCUGCCUCCCCCCCCUCCACCCCUUUUUUAAACUCCUCUCCAGGUUCCUCUGUU